AUGCCAAAUAGUUCAAUGAGCUCAACCUCUGCUACAUCCUCAAUCGAACCAAUAGACAGAGCAUUGAUUCUAUGUAAUCGUGCCAAUGAUCUUCUUUCAUUAAUAUUGUCAAAGAAUAAAUCAGAAAUAGAAACAGAAACAGAAAGCAGCACCAAACAUUGCCAUCAACAACAUAAAGAAGAAGAAGAGAAUGAUGAAGAAGAAAAGGAGAAAAUUCAAGAAUGUGAUACAAUCGAAGAGGAGGAAGACGAUCAAGAUGAGGAAGACUUUAAAUUAAUUCAAAACGCAAACGAAUUGUUUGAACAAGCAGUAACAGUCGACAAUCAUUGCGUUGAUGCAUUGAUUGGAUUGGGUUAUAUUGCAGGAUUAAGAGAACAAUUUAUAGAGGCAGUAGGAUUUUUAGACAAAGCAGAGAUUGCUUCUCAAGGAGAAAAUGACCAACGUAUUCAAACGCUUCGUGAUGCUCUCAAGGAAAAGAUGGAAAAAGCUUCCUCCUCCUCGGACGCUCCCUCAAACCCAGAAGACGAAUUUGAACACGUUUUCCAAACUGGACACAACGAUUUAAAUGUACCAUUGUUAAUCGAGGUUGGUAUUUCAAAAAUUCAAGUGAUUAUCAUAUUUAAUGGUGCAGUUACCAAAAAGUUUAUUGUAACACUUAGAGAGAUAUUUGAUAGAUUUGAUAUUACACAUGAUAAUACUCUAAGUACAGAGGAAUUACAAUCUUAUACGAAAAAAAUUCUACAGAGACUUUUAAAGACUUGA